AUGACGUGGACAACCACUGUUCGGUAUAGUUGGUUGCUUGACGUAUACCAUCAGCGAUGUGCUGAUCAGCAUUGGCAGAUGGCUGCGAGGGCAUUUCUUUUAUUUUUGGUGGAGACCUCAACUCAUGCGGGGGGAUAUGCAUGGGGUGUUGUUGUGCUUGCUUACAUGUACGACAAUCUUCGAGAAGCGAGCAUGCAUCAGACUAGAACGGUAUCCGGGUAUCUGACACUAUUACAGGCGUGGGUGUGUGAGCAUUUUCCAGCAUUGUGUGCGAAUUGUUGUCGACUAUCUCAGAUUUAUGAUGAGGACUAUCCGAGAGCACUUAGAUGGAAGCCAAAACGGGAUAAAAGUUUGGUUAUUCCAUUUAGGAAAGCACUGGACGAGAUUGAUGUUGAUGACAAUGUUGGACACCCUACAUAG